GAGAUGACAGUAUCGCGCGUUCAGCAUCGUCAAAACACGUGUGGUGUCGUAUUGUUCAUUCAGAUGGGCUGGUUUUUUGUUUAUUUACUAUUGUGAUAGUAUUCUGAGACCCUUAUAAUUAUUAUGAUUACGUUAUGAUAAUUAUGCCUUUAAAUAAUAAUUAACGUCGUUGUUAUGUUGGAAAAGACUAAAGAUGAAGUAGUAAUGGCUAGUGUAUAAAUAGAUUUUGUUCCUAGUGAUGUGGACUGUAGAGAACUUAUCUGUGUUAUUGUGCAGUGUAAAUAAGAAUAUAUUCAUAAUAUUAUUGUGAAUAUGGCAACUUUACCGCGAAUGAGCAGUACAAAACUAAGUUCUAAUAAUGUCGCAGCGCCUUUUAGUACCAGUCCCCGAAAACUACAAGAAGUAACACUUCCCAAUGCCGAAGGACAUGAUGUUACUAACGCGAGUGUUGUCAGUUUAAAGCAAUAUGAAGAACAAUUGAAUGGCUUACGCAAAGAAAAUUUUCACCUAAAAUUAAGAAUAUACUUCCUGGAAGAAAAACUCGGUACAGGUGCACCGCCGGCCGUACAAGGUCUGUUGGAACAUAACGUAAGACUCCAAGUGGAAGUAGAAGAAUUAAGAAGACAAUUAACAGAUAAGCAAGAAUUGUUAGCCGCCGCCGCUGAAGCUAUAGAUGUUUUAGAAAACCAGGGUUCAAUUUCCACGGAGGCCGCAGAUGUUUCCAUUGCAAAUAGUGUCAGUAGCAAAAAAGGAGAGGAGGUAGCUAAGGUCGCAGUUAAAAAUGAACUUGGAGAUGAAACAUGCCCAUCUGAAUCGGCAGGUGAAUAUCUAGCUGCAACAAUAAAUAACGAUGACGUGGAUCAAUUAGCCAAGUUACGCAAGCAAUAUAGAAAUGCGCUACAGAUGAUAAAAAGUUUCACGAAGAAGAUUGAACAACAAGACAAACAAAUUAAGAAGCUAAAAUUGGAUAAAGAGCUAUCGUAUGCCCAAGUAAGCGAUACUCAGCUAGAAAAGUAUGAAGAAAUGCUAAAAUGUAAAGAUGAACAUAUUAAAGACCUAGAAAAUAAGGUGCGCCAACUGCAAAAUAGUGUAGAUGGAAAUGUCGUCAACGAUAGUGCUGGAAAUCUUCAUCACCUACUGACCCGACGACUACAAGGGGUUACGUAUUUCCUCGACAAAUUGCUUUCUCACAAAUGUGUUCUGGGUGAAGAUAAGAAAAAGCUCGCUGAAAGUAUCCUGGAGCAAAGCUUAGCUUUACCAGUCGGACUGCAAUUAGAUGAAUCAAUGGCGAUCGAUGAAUUAUCUGUUGAUGAAAGUAACUUCGAUGUAUCGCAGUCUAUGAGGAUGGAAGAUUUAACGAUGAUGUUUGGUCAUCAUCUUAAUUGCAGCGAUGAUGUCAGACAUUCGACAAAGAAAGCAUCCAGAUAUUACCCACAGGCAGAUGCUAUUUCAGAAUCUGAAUGUUGGUCUGAACCAGACCGAAAUGUUUCACUGGCGCGGGUCGGUUUGUCUCAUAUAGGGUUUGAAAGGGAUUCAAUUUCUGAUGUCAACCGAUAUCGAUUUAGACGGUCCAGAGUCUCGAAUGGAUCGCGUUCUGAAGAUAGUAAGAUGUACAGUGAAAGUGCCCUUACGCAUCAAAUAAAUGAGUUAACUCUGUUGAAUAAUAAACUAGAGGAAGAGAAAGCUGAAACUCUAAAUAAACUUGAGUUAGCUAUGAACGAAAUAUCUGAUUUAAAAGCGGAUAAAGAAGACCUAAGAGAAGCUUUGGCAACAGAAAGAAGUAAAGUAUAUGACGCUAAUAAGAAAAUGGAAACGAUGCAAAAUAAUUUACUGCACUUAGAAUCCCUUAUAAAAGACAACGAACAACAAAUAGCAUAUAAUGCUGAAUUGGUUGAAAAGAUGCGUGUGGAAAAACAAGAUUUAGAAGAGACGUUUUUGGAAACUGAACGCGCUUUAAGAAGAGCUGCGGAUGAAGCAACAGUUCAAGCUUCACAAGCAGCUUUAGAACGAGCUCGAGCCCAGCAUGAUAGAUUACAAAUAGAGCGUGAAUUAGAAUUGACCAGGGAGAAGUUAUCAGCGGCCUUAGAUGCAAAUGCACAGCUAGAAAUAGAAGCAACAAAGAAAUUCGGUUACGAUGCUGAGCACAAAAUUCCCGAAAUAUAUAAUGGCUUACAAUUAGAAGAAGUUCGUCCGACAUCUCCAGAUCAAGGAAUAGAUAGCGAUAGAUUAUCAAGUCUAGAACAAAAUGAUGUUAUCAAUUUAUCACCACGUUCUCUUUAUGAAGAAAACAUAAAUCUUAAGCAAAAGCUAGCCAGAACAAAAGCUACCCUUGCAGAUACAUUGACCCAACUUAACGCUGCCAACAUGAAAAAACGAAGUGUAGAACGUGCCGUUUGCAGAGAAAUUCAUAAAACACAUAGCGUACUACGUAAAGCAAGGGACCAACUCGAGCACCACAAUUAAUCGUAAUUCUUGUUUAUCCUUACAAGGAGUAUUUUUAGUUUUUUUUGUGAUAAUUUUAGCCUAUCAUGAAUUGAAAAGUGUUAUUAUUUCGAAGCAGUAGAGUCGAGAGUGUCUUUCUAAGUUAUUUUAUUACCUUUAGAUUUAACAAUAAUAAAUAAUAAUUAAUUAUAUGAGUGACAUUUUAAUCUGUUGUGAAUUAUUUUGUGUUUAUGAGGCCUGUGUCCAUUAAUUCCCUUUUA